AUGACGGUGGAGCAGUAUGACGUUGAGUUUGACAUGCUAUCCCGUUUUGUCCCUGAUGUUGUGAAGGAUGAGAAGGCCAUUACCGAGAAAUUCAUCAAAGGUCUCAGACUAGAUCUCCAGAGUAUCGUUCGAGCCCUCAGACUAACUACCCAUGAUGCUUUACGCCUGGCACUAGACUUGAGUCUGCACGAGAGAGCUGAUUCGUCCAAGGCUUCCGGCAGAGGGUUAGCCCUUGGUCAGAAUAGGAAGCAUGUUUGUUUAGAGGUAGAAUCGUUUAGUGGUGUUUUGUCUGUUUCUACUCCAUCUAGGGAGGUUUUGUUGUCUAAAGAAAAGAUAAAGGCAUAUACCAGAGAACAAGAAGUUUCCUUGACCUCCGAACUCGUGGUAAGGGAGUACCCUGAUGUAUUCCUUGACGAGCUUCCAGGACUUCUACCUCCUAGAGAGAUAGACUUCGCCAUCGAGUUGGAGCCAGACACUGCUCCUAUUUCGAGGGUCCCUUACAGAAUGGCUCCAGCUGAGCUAAAGGAGUGGAAGAAGGUGACUUUUCUCAGCCAUGUGGUUUUCAGUGAGGGAGUUUCUGUGGACCCAGCAAAGAUCGAAGCGAUUACCAGUUGGCCUCGAUCGUCUACAGUUAGCAAGCGUCGUUUGGUUGAGGUAGGGCAAGGUGAGGAUUUCUCCAUAUCCUCUGAUGAUGGCCUUACAUUUGAUAGGCGUUUGUGCGUGCCAGAAGACAGUGCAGUCAAGGUGAAGGCACCAAGGCAGAAGUCAGCCGGGUCAUUGCAACCCUUGAGUGUACUAGGGUGGAAGUUGGAGAGCGUUUCGAUAGACUUCAUUACAAGACUGCCUAGGUCUCUAAAGGGCUAUACAAUCAUUUGGGAUGUUGUUGACAGACUCACGAAGUCAGCUCACUUUGUUCCUGGAAAAUCCACUUACACUGCCAUGCAUGAUGUAUUCCAUGUCUCCAUGUUGAGGAAGUAUGUCGCAAACCCGAUGCAUGUAGUUGACUUCGAGCCAUUGCAAAUUAAUGAGAACUUGAGUUACAAGGAGUAG